UACUCCUUUCUUUGUUGUUAAAGUUGUAUCACAUUACGAAAACUGAUCUUAUCCAGCAGCAUGUACCAAUGAAAAUGCUCUUGUUAGCUAAUAUUAACGUUAAUUUGUCGAAAGAGCAAAUGGCACGCGAAACAACCUGUCAUAAUGACACCAAAGGCAGCUAAAAUCCCAGGAAGUACGUUAAUGUCGCUAUUUUAAAAAAAGCUGUUGUCUUCCAGGGACAGAUGGUAGACUAUUUCUCGACUUUUAUUGUACCUCCGAAUACACUGCAGUAAUUUUUCCACGUUAGGGUUAAUGUUUUGCCUUUGCAAAUAGCAUCUGCGUCAGCUCGGGUCACGAUCAAACGGUGGGAGUCUCUCGCCGUUCUUGGCGCAGCCUACAAACUCAGACAAACCUGUUCUUUUACGGUGACGUUACCGCAGAUAUACAGAUUAUGUUAUAUUGAGAGAAUCAUUAGACACUUUCUUUUUUCACAGAUGGAAUAACCAAUAAGCUGCUGGGCUGCUAUGUGGGGUCAGUCAUGCAGGAUGUGGUUCUCGUCCGUAUUUAUGGCAACAAAACUGAGCUGCUGGUCGACCGUGAGAACGAGGUGAAAAGUUUCAGAGUACUACAUGCACACCGCUGUGCCCCACGACUAUACUGUACCUUCAACAAUGGCCUGUGCUACGAAUUUCUGCAAGGAACUGCACUGGAGCCUGAGGACAUUCGCAGCCAACCUGUUUUCAGGCUCAUUGCCAGACAGCUGGCCAAGUACCAUGCCAUUCAUGCCCACAAUGGCUGGGUGCCCCAGUCCGACCUGUGGCUGAAGAUGGGCAAGUACUUUGCUCUCAUCCCCAAGUACUUUGAAGACCCUGAGCAGAACGCCAGGUUGAGCAUGGAGGUGCCCAGCCCACGGUGCCUCAGAGAAGAGCUGGUGUGGCUCCAGCAAAGUCUUUCUGUGCUGGGCUCCCCCGUAGUUCUGUGCCACAACGACCUGCUCUGCAAAAACAUCAUUUAUAACCAGGAGGCAGGAAACGUAAAGUUCAUUGACUACGAGUAUGCUGGGUACAAUUACCAAGCCUACGACAUUGGGAACCAUUUCAAUGAGUUUGCUGGCCUGAAUGAGGUGGAUUAUAGUCACUACCCCGAUCGGGACUUUCAGCUGCAGUGGCUCCGCUCAUACCUGGAGGCCUAUAAGGAACACAAAGGCCAAGGCAGUGAAGUGACUGACACAGAGGUGGAGAUCAUUUACGUCCAAGUCAACCGAUUUGCCUUGGCAUCUCAUUUCUUCUGGGGUCUCUGGGCUCUGAUUCAGGCCAAGUUCUCCACCAUUGACUUUGACUUCUUGGGAUAUGCAGUCCUACGCUUCAACCAAUACUUCAAGAUGAAACCGGAGGUGGCUGCGCUGAACUUACCCGAAUAAAAGGCCAAUCCCCUCAUCUUCUGUUCCUCCCGCUCUCCCUCCCUUCCAGCCUGCUCUGCGCCUCACAUGACGACUGCAGGGCGCCCCCUUGGGGUGUGUGUAGGGAAGAGCCAGACUGACAGUCUGACCUGUUCAGUGCCUACAGGAUCCCCCUCUACAUGUUCUUAUCUCUACAGAUUGAAUAGACCACACACUUUAUCCAACAUCUGCUCUCACACCUUGCUUAACCAGGAGGUAGCCUGAGUCAUAUGCACUGCAGGCGUAUGUGAAUAAUAUGAAGCCCACUUCACUGAAUUUAUUAUGGUCAUCUAAAUUAUUCUAAUAUAAAUUUGGACAUAACCAUGAUAUCAGUGCAUCGUAUUUUAAGCUGCUUUUCUUGAAAUCACUAUAAAUACAUAGAAGGUGAAAUGUUACCCUCUUCACAACCAAUACAUAGUAACCACCUACACGAGUGACAGGUGGCCCAAACACUAAUCUGAUUGCCUGGAGACACCUUCCUCAUAUGCACAGUCAUGGGGAAAAACCCUUGAUUCGCCAGCCUAACUAAUGAUCAAAUUUAUAACAUGACAGCAAUAUAAAGCCCUGCUUUGUUUGCUGAGGAACCAAGAUGAAAAAACAAAGCAAAGAAGAAAAAAAGGAAGAAAUGCCAACAUUGAAACUCCAUUGUGGCCCUUUAAUUUCAUGUGAUAUGAGCCACAACAUGCAGAAAAAACCUUACGGCCUGCCUCGUGACUUUUGUUUUCGCCCUUAUUUUCCCCAGUGUUGUGCAUGGGCGGUGCACCAGAAUGACCAUUUAGUCAUUGUUGCUGUGUAGUUUGGUGAGGGCUUGUGUGUUUUGGGUUUCUGAACGGAAGGUAGAAACAUUGAAUUGUAGGAGAAAAUUUUGUGUUUACAUCUAACCUCUCCCUUGAAUUAAAUAUUUUAGCACUGAGCAGUCAUUUGACUCAAGGGAGACUUUCAGUUUCACUGUUUUGUUUCACGUUUGUUUCGACACUUGGUCUUUGUCUGAAUCUUUACUGGGGACGAGCUUGUAUCUCACUGUAAUUUGAACAUUCCAUGUUCAUAAUGGUAGACGGGAAAUUUGUUUGUAGUUCACAUGAUAAGUCAGCAGUGUUGGGGACUUUACUCACUGUGACGUCGACUGUGUUACAUGCUGUACGAAAGAAGACCAAACCAUUGCAUUGUCUAUUUCACGUCAGGGAAAGUUUUGGAAUCAUCUCUAAUACUACAAUACACUGCUGUUCGGUCCUAAUGAGCUAAGGUCCUACCAUUUUACAUUCUUGUAGACCAGCUUUCAUUCUCGUAUUGUGAUAUGGCCUUGCUUACUGUCGGAUUGCUGAGUCACUGUUGACAUUCAUCACUUUAAACUCCCAAUGUUGAAAUGAAGGCGUGUAGAAAAGUGGAAUUUUGGUGGAAAAAAAAAAGAAAAAGAAAGUGGAGUUGGCUGUCUCAACUUGGAAAGGUUAGACACGUCUGUGUUUCGUUUGUAAUGAAAGUUAAGUGUUAGUGGGACCUGAGGCGCAGGAGCACCAUCUUCUGGAGAGAAAAAAAAAACCAAGGCUGCUGUCAGUAACUUUUCUUGAUAUUCACCAUCGACCCUUAUUGUUAAAUGUUAAUGUUUUUAAAAUGAGCUUCAACAAGCCCUUUAAAAACUAACAGUUUCAUCUCUUGGUUACUUUAACAAGCCUACACCAAAGUGCUGACAUUUGUGUUUUUGCUUGUACAUAACGCACACUGUAUGCUCUUCCAUGUAGCACAGAGGAUUAGAAUGACAGUUAUAUAGAUUUUAUACUUAUUUAAGUGGAAAUGUUGAAGCUGAGGUCUUUGAGAGGGUGUGAAUGUUUGCUGAUGCAGCAACAGAUGACUCUUGGGCAAAUGUAGCCAGUUUGAAAAAAAGGAAAAUUAAAGUGCCAAAUGAGUGCUUUUUUUUUUUAAGCUUCCUGAGCUAGCAUAAAAGUCACGUGUGGUGAAACUGGUGUUAUUGUUUUCUCCAAAAGAGUUUACAAAUCACUCGUUUGCCCAUGUGGUCUCUGUUGUAGCAAGUUUGCAAAAAUCCGUGAAGAGACCAUUAUUGACAAAACUGGACUGUGCACUCAUGUUAACACUCCUGCACAGUGGUAGCUGAGGAGUAAAGUGUUCGUCUGUGACAGCUGAUUUUGUACUCACUGUUUCGAAGUUUGAAGAUUAGGCCGACUACUUCCCUUCUGUCUUUAAUUCAGUGUUGCAUGACUUUCAUGCUGUUGAAUUAAGAUGGAAGAAUGAAGUAGUUUGAGUUCCGGCCUCAUAUGAAUUGAAAAUGUAGCCUGUGUACAUCAGCUUUUAAAAUCUGUGAAAAUCUUCCAUGAAAGUGUAGUGGAUGGCUAACGGUUUGGAUUUAGUUACAGGUUUGAGUUGUAAAGGAAGAACACAUAAAGGGUCUGUGAAAAAUUGUUUUCUGUUGGGAGUCUGGUUUGUUCACUGUCAGAACAUGUUUACACAUAACACGCAUAAACUAACACAGUUUGUCCACCAUAUAAUCAGAAUUUUCAAAAAUGCUAACAAUUGUACGGUUUAAAUAUUUCUGAUUGCUUUUAAUUCCCCAUCAUUCUAAACUGUACAUCAUACAUAGGUCAUCUUAGUACUGCUAAUAAUAUAAACCUCAACAUUUCAUAAGUGUGUGUUUCCUAUUUGAAAAUGUAAAAAGUAUGUCCUCAAAUCCCUCUGGCCACUUAAGCAUAUGUUUAUAUGUACAGUAAGCAAAUGUAAUAUCUUUGCGUGUUCUCAAAUGUGAAUGAAUGUACAUAGAGGGAGCUCUUUUAUUUUUUUGUUUUCUAGAAGUUAGUUGCCUGGGAUAGGCUUAAGGUGAACUUUAAAAAAUGACAUUUUCAAUACUGUAAACACAAAACAAUAAAGUCUAUUUACCCUUA